GUAAUAUAACGAGGUUGUCCCGAUGAGCCCUGCUCGUUACCAGGUUCCCGCUCUCUUCCUAUGUGCUACACACUGGUGUUCUGCCUCCGUGUCCUGCUCCCCUUCCUUCCCGGCCUGUCUAUGUGUCACCUCCUCCUCCUCCUCUCCCCCCGUUUCUCGCACGGAACAGUCUCGUGUUUCUCUCCCCGCACUGCCCCCCUCCUCCUGUCCGUGCCUCAUUUCCCUGUCUCCCCGGCCGCCGCCGGUCUAUCCCUUCCCCUGGGCUCCCCAGAACUCCGCCUUUGCUGAGUAAAGCCGAAAAGUCGGCCCAGCCUCUCCUUAUAUGGCCGAGGAGUGACGGCAGCAGAGUGGAGGCUGGUCCUGGGGAAGGGAAGCCCACCUUGCAUUGUUACUAUCCCUCGCCUGGAAUGUGAUGCCUGAGCCCCGCACUGCAGGGAAGGGAAGGGGGAGAGGAAGCUGCCGCGGCCAGGGACUGUACACGCGCUGUACCCUCUGCUGCCCUGGGAUCUGCUGUUGAUCUCUCCAUGGCAAGUGGCCAGGGGCGUAAGUUCAUACCAGAGGGACCGAGGUGAAAAAUAAGGUGGAAUCUCCCCCCCACAGUGGCUCUCGCUUGCACAUGUGAUGACGUCCCAGCUACUUGCCAAUGGUAGAGAUGCAGAGAUCAACUGAUGUGUAUAAAAGAAGCUUGUGACAGCAGUCUACUCUUAUCUGGAAUGUAUAAAGCUUGACAGGUUAAGAUGGUCUCUGGAUGUCAUACAAGCUGUUCUCAUCAGGAAGAAAAAGGAUAAUUGUGGAGCUCUUGAAAACAUAAACUAAACUAUUGAGGACUCUUACAAGGCUCAUCAAAAUAUUGUACAAAAAUGGAGCAUUCAAGUCGUCAUUUGCGGUUUAAGUUGCAAAGUCUUGGGCGUCGUUUGGAUGACCUGGAAGAAGCAACAAAAAACCUACAAAAAGCAGAAGAUGAAGUUCUUGAUCUCCAGGAUAAAAUUAUACAGGCAGAAGGGAGUAAUUCUAGUAUGCUAGCAGAUGUGGAAGCUUUGAGAAAACGAGUGCUAAAGAUUGAGGGAAAAGAUGAAGAAGUGAAGAAAGCUGAGGAUUUGUGUAGGCUGAUUAAAGAGAAGCUAGAAAAUGAGGAAAAUGUUACUCGAGAACUUAAACUUGAAAUUGAACAACUCCAAAAAAGAAUGAGUGAAUUAGAGAAGCUGGAAGAAACUUUCAACAAAAGUAAAAAUGACUGCACUCAAUUGUGUCUUAGCUUGAAUGAAGAGAAAAAUAUGUCUAGGAAGUUAGCUUCUGAACUGGAAAUACUUAGGACCAGAGUAAGAGAACUGGAAUCUUCUGAAAACAAACUGGAUAGAGCUGAACAAUUUUUAACUAGUGAGCUGGACAAAAUAAAAUCUUUAACCCUUAGUUUUGCUAAUGAAAGAAAGCUAUAUGUAGAAAGGGAAAAGCAAAGUGAACAAAUUAUUUUGGGACUAAAAGAACAACUGGAAUUUGGAGUAAAAAUAAUCACAGGAGACCAAACCAGAAAUGAGUCUAACAUCAUUGAAAGGUCUUCUGAUGAACACUUAGAACGUAACAAUCUUCGGAUUGAAGACAAUCUGACUUCUAAAACAUCACAACGAGUUGGGUUUGAUUACAAUAAGCAAUCAGAAAUUCAAACAAGUAGUAAAAAUGAAAAUGAUAAAAAUAAAUACCAAGAAGACAACAAAAUAAAAGAACUGAACCAAGAAAUUGAGAAACUUAAAAAUCAACUCAAACAUUUUGAGGGGCUAGAAGAGAAACUGAAACAACUCAAAGAAAAAAACUGUGAACUCGAAGAAAGUUUUGUAAGUGAACAGAAUAAAAACAAACAGGUAACUGAGGAAUUACAGACUUUAAAAAGACAAGUUAGCCAGUAUAAAGAGAUAGAAAAUGGUGUGUUUGAUAGUGAUGAUCUACCCUCAAGAAGUAGAAGUAAAAAUGAAAGAACAAAAGGUAAAACUGCAUCAACUGAGCCUCCCAAUUUAAAAUAUACAUCUCCAGAUGUAUCCCCUCAGCAACUGAGGAGUGAAAGAUCUCGAAAUUCAGAAUCUCCUUUUAAAAGACAGACAUCAAAUUCUGGUUCAAACAGUAGAAAAUCACCAAGAUCCACUGUGACUGACACCACAACAGGAUAUCUAAAAAAACAAGAUGACAAGUUGUCUUCAUAUUUUCCAAGUAAUAAAGAAUUUGGCUCUAUACAAAAUGAAGUUAAAAAGUCUAAAGAUCAGCCAUCUGUUUUAAGCCGAUAUCCACCAGCUGUUCAAGAUCAAGCCCCUCAAAAGUCCUGGAAAGGCUCAACAAGUAAGCACACAGACCGUUCUAUGAAGCUUUUUGGCGAUGACUAUUCUGUUAAGGUUUACUCAAAGAAAGAAAUCUCAUUGGAGAAUGAAGAGAUGAAGGAAAGACCAUCUGAUGACCCUUCUGUGAAUGUGGCUGACACAAGCCUUCCCAAAGAAAUUGUUCCAGCUGAGAAUAGCUCAUUAUCUUCUACAUUAUACUCUGAACCAAUUAAUCUCAAUCAAAACCUUAAUGUUCAAGAAGACAGUGACAUAAAGAUUGAAAAUGAUCUUAAAUCAAAUGUAAAUUCCCAAGAUUUUGAAACAAAGAAAACCUCUCUAGACAGAUUGUCCAGAUAUGAAUAUGGUGCAGGAAGAGAUGGCAUAACAAAUAUGAUUGCUGAAGAAAUCACCAAAUCUCUCAUAUUGAGUAAAGAUGAAAUAGAUCCACAUAGCAUUCUAAUCUCGAGUGCACAAAUUUCUUACAUUAGAGAUAAAACAAGAUCUAGAGCUUCAAAACCAAUUAUUCCUGAAAAACCACAUAUUUUAGAAGCUUCAGACCAUAAAGAAACUGAGAGAAGGACUAGGUUAUCAGGACUUCACACGAAGAGGCAGUCCAGUACUAAAGAAAGAAUGGCAGCUCCAGAGAAUAUGAGAGCGUCCUCUUUUGAAAGUCACAAUCAUUCUAUACAAAGAGAGAUAACCGAAACCACUAGAAAAAUGUCUUCUGAUGGCUCAGAAAAUGCAGAAACAAAUUCUCACAUUUCAGUACGAGCAAGAUCGUAUAGUCCAAGGGAAGCAUUACAGUCAACUGUGAUAAUUAAGCCAAUUAUAAUUGAAAAAGACAUGAAAGAAAUUAUGAGUGACUACAGAGCAAGAUCAAGCUCAGAGGUGAGCAGAUCUCACAUAAAUACAAUGCCAAACAAAACAACAAGCAGUAUCACAAUUUAUCCCACUGAUACAGUCUCCUCCCGAAGAAACACAGAUGAGACCACAAGAGAAAGACAUACUUCUACUAGUAAUAUAAGACUCUCUGCAAAUGAUCAACCAGUGUUAAAAAACAACAUUAGUAUCCCAUUUGAAAUAUCUAUAAAUAGAGACAAUAUGUUGUUAGAAGUGUCUGAUAAAGACAUAACCUUGGAUCAUAGAGAAAUAAGCAAAGCUCUUGAUCAAAGUCUUUUAAAGGAAAAGACAAAAGGAAAUGAUAAUGAUGGUGACGUAGAGGCGGUUACAUGGAAAACUCAUAAUCUUGAUGGAACAAAUCAUUAUGACAUUAAACGUACAGCAUUCAAAAGUUCCUGGCGAUCAGGUGUUGGUGGUUCCACUGAAGAACUAGACAGACUGAUUACUGAAAGGGCCGAUUCAGACUCUAAGAAUAGACGUAAAUCAUGUUUUGAUGAGGAAAAGUCUGUCAGACUACGUAGCCGUGAGCUUUAUUCAAGAAAUAAGAGUUCAAGUGUUAGCAGUUGGAGUACCACCCCAGAAUUUAUUUCUAAAAGGAGUCAAAGCAGCCUAAGUGCAACAGAAAUUAUAUCAAGAAGAAAUACUUCAAAUGAUUCUUUAACUAAAGGGCAUGCCUCCUGGAAUCGUCCUAGUAUUGAGGUUGAUGACUUCAGCUCCAGAAGAAAGUAUACAAGUGAAAAAAUGUCAAGGACAGAUUCUUCUGGUUGGAGGCAGACUCAAAAUCAAGCCCAGAGGCAUCAGAAGAGUAUGGUAGAGGAAAGGAUACGACAAUUGGAGCACUAAACCAACCACCAAUAAGGGAAUAAGGUCAGUGUUCUAGUGGAAAAUGGACUUCUACCCACUUUAAAUCUGAGGACACUGAUAGACUAUUUUCCUACCCUGUGUACUUCUCCCUAGCACUGAAUGGACCUCAACCAACACUUACAACAUGUUUUUUUGUUUUUUUUUUGUUUUAUGAUUACAUUCUUUAGCUUUAUCAACAUUAUUUUGCAAGGGAAUAACUGCAUGAUCUCUCAGGGUAAAAAGAAGGCACCGAUGUUGCAAUUGUAUAUAAUACUCUGUACUGAAAAUGGCUCUUGAUGGGAUAUAUAUAAAUAAAAAAAAGAAAUAUAUAUAUAUAUAUUGCAUGGCUACUGCUCUUAAAUGUGUAGGUACUAAAAGUACAUGGUUUUUAAAUCCACUUUAACUUAUAAAAAAAAAUGCAGGGCAGGUAGAUAUUUUUGUUUGCAAAUUCUCAAUUCUGUACAGUCUGGUUCUGUUUAAUUGAUGCUACGCAUGUAACUUUGUAUAAAUAUCAGAUAAAUGUAUGGUUUCUUGCAGCAAAUUGUAUAAUGUAUAUAGGAGCAGGGAAUAGAUUUUCAAGAGCACAAGAAACUUCCAGUUGUUUUUGUUAAAACCCCAGCUUUCCACAUUUUUACAUUUGUCAAACAUCCAGUCUUAUUGUUGUAGCAGGCAUUGUUCCUCUGCAAAAAUAUUAUUUUUUUUUUGUGUUUUUAAACAUUGUUAUUUUAAUUAAAGUCAAAAUUGUAUACAAGACUACUAAAUAAAAUAUAUUGUGUCUUAUGUACUAUUAUAAAAAGGUUAUUGCAGUGACAAGGAAACCAAAGGAAUCAUAUGACUUGCGUAAUGUGCACUUCUGUUAAAAACUAUUAUGUUUAAAAGACUUAAAGUGUUUGUCAUUUUGUGGGCUGAGACAAUAUUGAUGCAUUCGUGCCUUAGUGAUGCUGUCAGUUCCUUGUUAACUGAUCAGCUGCAUUCUCGGGAAUAUUGUCUCAUCCAGAAAAUGCAUGCCUCUGCUAUGUGUAGGUGCUGGGUACACUUGUACAUAUCUUCUUAACGUCUAAUUGUUUUCUCUUAGACUAGUGAACAAUUGGAAUACUGAUAGAUGCUAGGCUUGUCUUUUGCAAGGGAAAUGUAUUUAUUUUUAUAAUAUACCUGUUAAGAAAAAGCAAGAAAAGAGCAAGUUAAUGGGCACACUUGUUUAUUUUCCAUUAAUCAACAUUUUUUUAAUAGUUGUUCAAAAUAAAAGAAAAAAAGUAAAGAAAUGGAGUUGAUAUUUAUUAUUGCUACAGUAUAUGUGACUUACUUGACAGAGAGGGAGAUCUGUCCACUAAUUGUUCAUGUACACUUGCAUAAAGUCAUCUUACCAACCUGUUUUUUAAUUUUAUUUACUUCACAGAACUUUAUGAUAAAUUUGCAUCAUGAUCAAUAAGCUUACAGAUGCCAACCUGUUCUUAAUGCAAAGAAAGUUUAUCUGUGAUAAAUACAGAUAUGUCCGCAUACAUCUUUGCUAUAUCACACCAUCUAUGGCAUGGUUUUGCAAAUAAAGUUUAUCUGUGAUAAAUACAGUAGGUAUUUUUAAUUUCUGCAUAGAAGUACUUUAAAUGAUGUGGGAGUGCCAGAUAUUCUCUUCUUUUAUCAUUUUAAAUUUAAAUUUAAUUUUCAUGAUUUUGGUAUUUACCAAUUAAUGCUUGUUCUGCACAUGCCUGGGCCAGCACUGGUUGCUACAUUGGGUAUGUAUGGGUAUGUCUUAUCUUAAUCUUUAGCUGCUCAUUGGGGCUCUGCUAUGAGCAGAAUGUAAUGGGAAGCACAAUAGCACCUUGAAUGUUCAGGUGGAAUGCAUGAUGGAGAAAGGAUAGCAAAGAAUGAUCAUUGUUCAGAAUAUCCGCAUCUGUUAAUCACACCAUUUGCAAGCUCAGAUUGAGGUGCAUUUCUGCUCAGUUGAAUGCAGGGUCGCUAACUGUUUACAGUCAUAUUUACUAUAUAUCCUAAGGCUGCUGAAAGUCUAACUACCACCCGGAGUACAGCAAGCACUACUGUUGUGGCAAAGGAUAUUUGAUUGAAUCUGCAUGCAUGUAACACAUUUAACAGAAUUGGUUUUGUUUAAUCUAGAAUACCUGAUACUGGAAAGAAAAGCAAGUAGUUUUGUUUUGAAAAUCAAGUAUUUAGGACCCUCUCAUAUUGAUUUAGUGUAUAUUCGCAAUUGGGAAUUAUACAGUUUUAACAAUUAUGUUAAUGCAGGAGUCAUUUUUUUUUUUUUUUUUUUUUUUUUUUACAGUGCUUUCUAUUUGUAUAUGUCUCCAGGGUCAUUACACUAUUAGCUAUGGUGGUAUAUGGGGUUGGAAGAUUGCGGUCACUAGCAAGCUGCAAUAAAGCUGGAGCUGUUUCAGCCUCCCGAUCCAAAAUGCAGUCUCAUUCAGUUUGGCCAUUCACUUAUAUUGGACAAAUUGAAAGAUAAUUCUGGGGGUUAUUCAGGACGGAUUGCAAAUUCUGCUAAAAAUCAGAGGGGCAGAUGUAUUAAGCCUGGAGACGGCAUAAGGAAGUGAUAAA